CGGACAGUGCUCUCAUCUGGAAGAGCGCACCCAUCCCCCUGAGCCCCGCUUGCCUGGGACGGAGCAGAGGGCACGCCUGCCAGAGCAGUGCCCCCAGGAAGGACAGCUGCUGGUAGCCAGCCCCGUGGAGGGACACCUGCCAGGUGGAGCACAGGUGGGCCCAGCCCAGAGAAGAGGGAGCGAACACAGCUGGACAGGAGAGCUCGGAGCCUCACAGCCUGGUGGUGGCCACCCAAGAGGACCAUGCUCAGGCCUUGCUGACGACCCCCGGCUACCAGCUCGGAGUCAUGUCAUCAGGCCAGCAGGUGUGGCAUACAGCCACGCCGGCCCCUGGUCGGCCCAGCCCUACAGCCACGGUGCCCAGGUCCCCCAGCACCCCUGGCUCAGAGAAGGUGGCCUCCCCACUGGAGUGCUCCAUCUGCUUCUCCGGCUACGACAACAUCUUCAAGACGCCCAAGGAGCUCUCCUGCACACACGUCUUCUGCCUGGAGUGCCUGGCACGGCUGGUGGCCGCCCACCCAACAGGCCGGCCCGGCAGCGAGGCUGUGCCCUGCCCGUUCUGCCGGCAGCCCACGGCUGUGCCGGCUGCCGGGGCCCCCGCCCUGCGCACCAGCCGCCAGCUGCAGGCCAGGAUGCCGGCCCAUCUGCGUCGGGAGGAGCCCGUGUGGCUGGAGGGCACUAAGCUCUGCUGCCACCUGCCGCCCUCCACACCCGGCCUUCCAGCACCUGGCUUCGUGUGUGUGGAUGUGGGCCUGAGCAAGCCUGCGGAGCCCACUGCACCCACACCCAGCCUGCGCCCUGCCCGCCGUCAGGGCCGUCUGGCCCGCUGCUGGGCGCGCUACGGGGCGCUCUGCGGGGACUGGAGGCGCGUGGCGCUGGUCACGGCCCUGCUGCUGGUGCUCUUCUGUGUGGUGCUCUGGCCCGUGCAGUGCGCGCUCAAGACUGGGGACCUGCACUGCGUCCCCCGGCCCUCCGCCACCAUCACCACCGCCGCUGCCUUCUCUCCUGGGCCCCUGGCCGACCGCUAGGCUCAGCCACCCCUGCCCCAGCGCCAGGUGUGGGUCCCUGGCCCACAGUUGGGGUCACAGGCGUGGCAACCCCGGAGGAGCCCCAACAUCUCUGAGGACCCCAUAUACCCAUUCAGCUCACCUUCCCCCUACUCUGGGGGGCUGGAUCCUGAUGGCACGGACAAAAGGGUCCCUGAAGCUUCCAAGAAUCACAGGCUCCUAUGGGUCCCAGAGACCACCUCCCUAACCCCCCAUCACGGAGAGACAGCCUUGAUGAGGCCCCCUCUCUAUUCACUGUGAAUUACCUGCAUUAGCAGCCCUUUGCUGAGAAGGGAUGGCACUCACCAUCUUAAUUUUAUUUUCACAUUUCACCCAUGGCUCCUUCCCCAGGCCCCUUCCCCAGGCAGGGCUGGCCCCUUCCAUUGGGUUGGGGUGCUAAUGCUGCCCUCUGACUAGGGGGACAAAGGGCAGCAGCAGGAGGCCCAGUCCUCCAGUGCCCA